CUACAACGCGCGUUCUUCCCUGAACAGAGCAUCUCAUCAAUGAUCCUACAAAAACACAACGUUGAAUCAUACUAACUGUAUCUUAUCCAUACAGUGAUAACAUCAAUUUCUUUCCAUCAUCGCUUUUGUCUUCAACUCUCUAGCUCCUUACAACCACCCGCCAUUGAUAUUCACCAUUUUGAGCAGACUUAGACAUCGCUACAUUUCAAACCGACACCAUGGCCGCCAAUGUUCCCAGCAUCGUGUGGUCCGCUCUCAGAGCACUCAGCCUCACCGAAGUUCCCAGAGACAGCCCCGUCCGACGCCAGAGCGAGGGCGACAAGUCAGGCUAUCAACCUAGCAUCGUCGACGUCGCCGUGGUCAAGGCCAUGCUGUACCGCGCCAAGAAGCUGCCUGCGGAUCUAAUUGAUACCAUACUCGACAUGGCAGAGUACUGGAUCCAUUCAUCAACGCAUCUGGACGAAAGAAUCAGCGUCAUGGGCGGCUCCGAGGCCAGAGAAAACAGAUUUCUGCUGCGGUCAUAUCCGCUUGGACUGCUGAAUUCCGGAGCUCGACAAAACGCAAACGAUCAGCCCUACACCACGACUCUCCCCACCCCUCGACCUCUGGGCGAGACUCUCGAUGCCAGCUUCUUCGCCAAGUCUGUCAAAUAUCCCCUCCCGCGGCUAGCUCACCCUGCGCGAAAGAUUGUCUUCAAGUUCAGAAGCCAAGACCAAGGGUAUGUGAGCAGUCCCGAGGAGGGUGACCAUCCUUAUUCCGGAUCAUGGACGUGGUUUGACGUUGGGCUGGAGAGAUUUGACGCUGAAUCGGCAGUCGAUGGUUCUGCGCUUUCGGUCAACUCACUUCGACCAGUUCAACCCCCCAUCCGACAGACAUCCUCCGAUCCAGUCGGCUACAACUACACCCACGAGCUGCUUCACUCACCCGAGUGGGAGAUUCAGCGGAAUCAGACGGCCCUCAGGCAGUGGCAAGACCACGUCGUUACGUGGUCCUACCUGGACGACAUCCCAGCUGACUCCGAGCGGAGCAAAGCUCUCGAGGCGCAAGGCAGAGGACGUGGCACAGGCGAUGGCAAGUUUGUAAGACAGCUGCAGGUGGGCGAUGUGAUUACGGUCUGGGGCAAGGCGAGGUUUCCCGGGUGGGCGAACCGCAUCGAGUCAGUCCAGAUCGACGUGUACUGGGCUGUGUAAGAUUAUGGAUGCGAAUAUUCUUUUCUUUUCUUUGUUUGCGCGUGUUUUGUAUUGGGGCGUCUGGGAGCUGGCGCAUGUGAAUUUUGACAAUGAGGCGUGAGAGCACAAUGCUAUGGUUGCUUGCUGGGAUACCUGUUAAAUAAAGUCUCGAUAAACCAAAAUUGGAAUUUAAGAAUCAAUUACCUC